GCAUUUUUAUCAAUGUCCUUACCAAGCAGCUGAUGCUCGUCCAAACAGUGGAUGCAGAUCCCCCAAAUGCAGUGAAAUCCAUUUCCUUGACAGUACAAUGUCAAACACUGAUCAACUUUAAUUAUGACAUACUUAUUAAAGUGAAUGAUGCUAACGACAACACACCAUUCUUCAUUGGAGCGCCAUAUACAGUGUCUGUAUCAGAGGCUACAGCAAUCAAUGAAGUUAUUUUUGCUGGGAUAGAAGCCGAUGAUAACGAUGGUGACAACCGCAACGGCCAGAUAAGCUUUGAAAUUGUACCAAAUCAAAAUGAUCCGAUGUCAAACUCCUAUUUUGACAUGCCAAACACUGGUAAAGGAGAGGUGACCCUGUUACAGAGCCUGGACUUUGAGACAAGACAACAGUGGACUGUCUCAAUUGUAGCAAAGGGUCUGAUUGAGAUGCUUUAA